UGUAUUGAUCCCUCUUGAACCGCAUGUUCCCCAAGGACAUCACCUGCUGCCACUGCUAGUAGUACCAAAAUAAGACUCGAAUAGCAGCAUCAUCACAAUGUCCUCCCCCCUAGCAACCCUCACCCUCCUCGCCCUCCUGGCCAUCUCCGCUUCAUCGGCCUGCACCCGCCCCUUCCUCAUCAACACCACCACGUCCUACCUCGCGGCCCAAGAAGCAGGCAACCCGUCCCUGUUCCAGCCCUUCACACUCGGCUCACCAAACUUCAUCUACCUCGAGAACAACCAACUCACCACGCUAACCGCAAGCCGUCUCUCCACGUCCCUAAAAGUCGACUUUUCCCGCUCCAUCCACGACACAACACAGUGCGCCGCCUUCACCGAGAUCAUCGCAGCCAACGACCCCAACCCGCACGUCAUCCACACGCGCAUGGUCUUCGACCCGGCCACGGAGAAAGCCACCCUCAUCGAAUCCGUCGUCACCACCACAGGCGACUGGCUGUUCAAUGCCACCGGCACGCUGGCGCUGAAUGCGGGGGAGGACUGGACACAGCUGCCUGUGGGGCAGCAAGCGUCGCGCGAGGAGAUCCAGACGGUCGGCGACGCGUACUUUGACCGGUUCAAGAACGUCAGCGUGACCGUCCCCUGGGGAGCGCCAUGCUAUCGCUUAGAAGGCGGGCUGCCUGCUCGCGGAGAGAUGCAGGGUGAGGAGUGUGUCAUGGUGUGGCCGAGCACGAUUGUGGUCCCCUACCGGCGGUAUGUUGUGGAUGAGACGGUGGGCGCGGUGGAUUUGUUUGUUGGGUUUCCUGGAUUGGACCGGACGCAGGGCCAGGCGGCUAUGCCGGAUAGUCACCUGUUCAGGGUGGAGGGUGGGAAGAUAAAGUACUUGCAUACGGCGUCGGCGUGUGUGGUGGAUGGGUGCGGGCUGAAUGGGACCACGUUUGGGAAUGGGACGGUGUUGAGCAAGAGGUGGUUGCGGAGCUUGAGGAAAGGGGGUAGGCCUGUUCCGUUAAGGGCUUGAAUUUUGUACUUCACCGAGGUGAAGGGGCAUGUUGUGGGUGAUUGGUGGAUGGGUUGAUGUUGAAAGGAACGGAGAAAAAGAUGUGAUAGUACAAUAUCUGUGACGGCAAGAGGAAGCUGGACUGAGCCAAGUGAUACUUCCA